UUUUUCAACUUUUUCAAGUCCCAAAAGGGGUUUUUCACUGACUGUGUAUUUUUUAUUGUUGACCCUUCACACACAUUCAAGAUGCCAAAUAAGUUCAGGUCAAAGUUUGGUCUCCUUCUGAAGCCUGGUGACAACAUGGAGCAGGUCUCUGAGAAGCUCUUUAAGUACAAAAACUACAAUUUUCCUGUAAGUUACACGACAGCAGAGUACAUUGAUGGGCUGCAGAACUUUGAGAUACGGGACAGUGACAUAUAUCUGGUGACAUAUCCAAAAUCAGGAACAACCUGGACUCAGCAGAUCAUAAUCUUGAUCAUGAAUUUCGAUGGUGAGAAAAAAGAAUAUCCCAACAACUAUGAAGAGAUGCCAUGGCUGGAGUUCUUGGAGGGGCGAGAACCUUACUCCACGCGUCCGUCACCGAGGCUCUUCAGCUCUCACCUGACGCCAGCUCUCAUGCCACCAGGGCUGAAGGAGAAGAAGGCAAAGAUGAUUUAUGUGAUGAGAAACCCAAAGGAUGUUGCUCUGUCAUUUUACCAUUUCUCCAAAAUCUUCUGCGACCUGGAGAUGCCCAAGAAUUUCAACCAAUUAUUGGAGGACUUCUUACAAGGAAAUGUGUUCUGUUCGUCCUGGUUCGACCACAUCAGAGCGUGGCAACAGGAGAAGGACAACUACAACAUCCUGAUGUUGAGCUAUGAGGACAUGGUGUUGGAUCUGGAAGCAGCUGUGAGGAAGAUCUGCAAGUUUCUGGGGAGGAACCUGAGUGAUGCUCAGAUCCAACAGGUCGUCCACAAGUCCACGUUUAAGAACAUGAAGAAGGAUGAACGGGCCAACUACAAGUUUCUUCUUGAAGACAGAAUCAGUGGCGACUUCAUGCGCAAAGGUAAAAUCGGCGACUGGAAGAACACUUUCACUGUGGCCCAGAGUGAGCGAAUCGAUCGUCUACUUCAGGAACGACUCAGUGACGUGCCACUGAAGAUCAUCUGGGAGUGAUGCUGGGAUUUAC